CCUAUAUAAUACGCAAGCUAACAUGCCAAAAAAAGCACACAAAAUUAAUUUUCUCAGACAAAAAUAAAAAACAUAAACCCUAUAAAAAAUAUGGCCACGUUUAGGGCUAGCAACACCGAGAAGAGAAAUGGUAUUAUGGGGCUCAAAAUUGCAGCAAAGAAGCUACAAAAGAGGCUUUCAUUAGGGAAAAGAGGCUACGAUAUUGAUGAAUGUGAAGAAGUUAGUGUUCCUAAAGAUGUUAAAGAAGGUCAUUUUGCAGUUAUUGCUAUGGAUAUUAAUGAAGAACCCAAACGGUUUGUCCUUCCUUUAAGUUAUUUAAGUCAUCCUACUUUCUUGAGACUGUUGGAGCAAGCAGCAGAAGAAUAUGGCUUUGGUCAUGAAGGUGCACUUGCAAUUCCUUGCAGGCCAUGUGAAUUGGCGAAGAUUUUGGCUGAUGAUUCUAAUUGGGUUUUAUGAGGCUACAUUAUUUUUUCCAUAUAUGUUUCAGUUCAUUAAGUAGUUGUAAAUGACUAUGUGUUGUUCAUUUACAUAUAUUAGUUGAUGACCAUCCGGCUUUUUACAAAUAUGGUGUUUUGAAAAAAAGUAUUUAUGGAAAUGGUAUUCUCUCAAAAUUAUUUACAAUAAUAAUAUUUUGUUGACA